AAAACAAAGGGAGAGGCAGCUAUGGGAAGAAAGCUUGAUGCUCUCUUUGGCAGAAAAUUCAAGACCUCCAAGUUUAAAACCACUCUAAACCUCGCUAUCUCCCGCCUUUCACUCCUCAAAAACAAUCGCAAUGCUCGACACACCAUUUCUCGCUCCGACAUCAUUCAACUCCUCCACCUUAACCACCAUGAACAUGCCCUCCUUCGGGUUGAACAAGUGAUCAAGGACCAGAACAUGCUAGAUGUAUAUGAUAUGAUACAUGGUGAUUGUCAUCUGCUCAUACAAAGGAUCAACCUCAUUGAGCAAGCAAAUCAUUGUCCAAAUGAAUUGGAAGAGGCAGCAUCGAAUUUGUUGUAUGCAGCUCCGAGAUGUGGGGAGUUCCCCGAGCUUCAAGAGAUUCGUGCAAUUCUCACAGCUCGUUUUGGAAAGGAGUUUGCUUAUGGUGCUAUUGAGUUACGAAGCAACUGCAGAGUUGGUCAAAAGAUGAUACAAAAACUGUCUCCCAGGCAGUCGAGUUUGGAGAGCAGAGUGAAGAUGCUUUUAGGAAUUGCCACAGAGAAUGGUAUCAUUCUGCAACUGGAGGAAUCUUCACCGCAGAUCAGAAAGAAAAAACUGGUUGUCGACAAGAAGCAAAGUCAACUUAAUACAGAAGCAAAAGUGGAGGCGGUGGCAUCCAUGGUUUUGCCGGAGAAAAUAGAAAAAGUUUUGAGUUUGUCUGAGUCAAUGAAAGGGUGGAGAAAGUACAGGGAUGUAACUGAUGCAGCAGAAGAUGCUUUUGAAUCAGCAGCAUAUGCAGCUGCUGCCGCCAGCGCAGCAGUGAAACUCUCCCGCUUGGAAUCAUUUAAUUAUGCCAGAAAGGUGCUUAAUUCUGAGUCCAUGAAGUCAAAACAUCACAUGCAUGACUGCAGUCAAAUGGGAUGCCAGAAAAGCUCCUCAACUCCAAGAUAUUAUUCCGAAUCUGAAAAUGAGGAGACUGCUGAAGGUGAAAGAUCAAAAUAUAACAUGAAAGUGGCAGAAUUUGAUAGUUCAGAUUCAGAUGGUUACUCUGAUGAAGGGGAUAUAAGGUCAUUCCAUGGAGGUCAGAGCAAGCCAUUUGGGAAGAAGAUGUAUUUUGAUGAAAGUGAUUACGACAUUGAACAAAUAGAGUUUCCAUCAAGGAAUUAUGGCCUAGUACAUGAUGCAAAACAAGGCUCAUAUGGAAAUGAAUCAUCUUAUCCUGCUAAAGGUUACAAUAUUUCAGAAGGGCAUAAUAGGAAUGCAUAGUCCUCAUCUCAUAAGCAAUUCCCAUUCAGGCAUCAAGCUAACCCCAAGGCACGAAAACCUGGAAACGGUGAAGGUUCUAUGAUGCAGGAGGUGCAACAACUAAACUUAGAAAAUAAGCUAAAUUCUGCGAGGAACUGAGGAAGAAAAGAAUCUAUGAUCCAUAAGCCCAUAACCAGCUUGCAAGCAUAUCAGAGUUUUGUAACUGUUUCAGUGAUUAUGCACAUUGGUUUCUUUCAUUUCUGGGUUUGGUUAUCCAUCUGGAUCAUGGUUUUUUCACAUAAUUCUUUAAUGGUUUUCAAGGGAAAGAGGAUUUCCACUUUAAUUAACCUUUUGUAAAACCAACAUAUUUAUCCAUUAAGUAUUUAGCUUUUUGAUCC